AUGGUCUUCACCUUCCAAGACGCCCUAGAGGAAAUCAACCACUACGGCGUCUUUCUCUCCCCCAAAACCAUCGGCCAGCUACAGGACAGAGUCAAGGCCGUGAACUCUGGAACUGCGAGUGCCGGCCCCUCACUCUCCAAGAAACGCGCUAUCUCCAUCUCAGACUCCGACUCCGACUUACUCUCGGACAAAGAAAACAAUACCGCGCCCAACGGCGCAGAUAUCUACGAAGCAGAAGAAGAAGAUGAGGAUGACAUCGACUUGGACGACGACCGCCUCGCAACCCCGAAAUGGAGCUGCGGGCAACUCCGCGCCAAGAUCCGCAAGUUCGUCGCAACGGACAAAGUGAUGAAAGUCAGCGAGUUCCAGAAGGCCAUUGGGGUGUCGGGGAAAUCGUACUACGCGUUCAUGAAGCAGCAUGGGACGUGGGAGGGGGCUGAGUCGCAUUCGUUUGUUAAUGCGCAUCGGUUUUUUAUGAAGAGGGAGCUACUUGGACUUGAUAAAAAGGGGAAGGGUAAGGGGAAGGGUAAGGGGAAAGACGAGGGGAAAGAGCCCGCGAAGAAGAAAUCCAAGACGGAGGCUGCAUCGCUUAAGAAUGCGAAGGAGGCUGCGUUUGCUGCAAAGUAUGAUGUUAGCUCUAUUUCGCUGCCUGGUGAAGCACAGGGCGAGGUAGCGGUCUACGACCAGUGCGAUGAGAUCCGGAAGAAGAUCAAAGCCGUUUUGCGCGAUCCGGACAUGACGCGGGCUGCAUUCUGCAGGGAAAUCUCGAAGACGUGGCCGGAUCGAGCAGCCAAUCUUAAGGAAAACGCAUUGCAGGGGACGACGCUGGGGUCAUUUCUUUCGAAGAAGGGCUCGCGCGAGGGACGAACGAGCUUGGUUUUCUAUGCCUCGUAUGUGCUUUUUGAGAAGCUGAGGAUUCGUGGUGGAAAGCCCAAGACACAGUUCAGGGAGGAAAUGGAGGAUAUUUGGGGGCCCAGGGGUUUUGAUAUUUGGACGUCGACAAGUACAAGGUAUCUUACGACGAAGAAGAUGAAUAUCUACUCUGAUGAGUAUGGACAGGUUAGGGUAGGUUGA